UAUGAAUAAUUGAAGACAAAUACAUUUUGUGUAAUGUUUAAAAACGAAUAUCUGCACAGUCGAUACAAAUGAAGGAACAAAUCAGCGAUGUUUGGGGAUAAACCAAUGAUUAGAUUUCAGAGAUAUUCCAAGAAUGUAUUUCAAGACGUCUAUGAAAAUAGUCAUGGUAGCAUUUGCGUUGCUUUUGGCCGUGACAUUUCGCAUAACUCUGCCUUGGAUCCUUCGACUGGAUGGUAUAAUCUAUCUGCAGAACUAUACCGCAACUGCCAUCGAAUUUUAUCUGGCCAUCACAAGUCUUAUUGCGAUUAUCAUAAUACUAUUUUUAGUGAGCUUUCUAUUGCUAGAUUUGACGUCUGAUUGGAUUGCUUUGUGGUACAUACCGCUGUCAAUGUGGGCCAUGUAUUGGACCUAUUGCACAUUUUUAGGAGGCCUCAAAAAACUCCAACUUAAGGCAGACAUGGAGGAUCUAGCGGAGAAAUGGGUGAAAUAUAUCAACACAAAUGACACCUACUGGACGGAACUUGAAUUGAAGCUUCACUGUUGUGGCUUUGAUGGACCCCGCUGGUACAUGCAUUACCUGCGUAGGAUCCCCCAAUCGUGCUAUAAACCCCAUCUUAUAACUCAGGGGUGUCAAAGUAUACUCCAUGGCACAUUUGAUUUGAUUCACACCAUCGCCUUUAUGCUGUACAUAACUGCAAUCUUUCUGGAGUACUUCAUUCUGGUUUUUUAUGUGGGUUUUCUGUUUAAAAAGAGAUUUUCGAUUGUGUUUCAAAAAAAACCAAUGAAAUUUUUAGGGAAAUUAAAAAUAUAAGAAUAUU